AUGUCAUUGGCACUGCCCUCCUCCCCUCCCUGUACUGCCGUACCCUCCACUGCACCCACCACCCAUCCCAACUCCAGCAUUGACAGCAACAAAAGCAUCACUGCACCGGUACCACGCGUGCUUACGUUGCUCUGUUGCACGUGGUUGCUAAGUGCUGUUCAUGCUACACUCCACUACCCCCACCAACCCCUCUUUUCUCUCCCUCCCACAACCUCCUCCCACAACCUCCUCCCAACCCCAAACUCCCCUCAACCACGGCUACUUGUGCCUCUUUGUGUGCCAUACUAUACUGGCUUGCCUUCUUUCCACCAUCCACCCUAUCACUGUCUCCCACCACAACCGACACAGUUGCCGAUGCUCAGUUUAAGUGCAUGCGCUUUUCGCGUGCUGCUUCUUCUGCUUCUUCUGCUGCUGCACAACCAUCAACCACCGAACCCCCCCCCCCCCACUUUGUUUUAG